UGGCACCUUUGGGGACAUACUGCCUUUACCUAGAAGCCAUCAUUAAUCCCUCCGGCUCCAGCAAAACCCAAGAUGGCUUUGCAACAGCCCAUUUUAAACCCGAGCAUUCCCUUUAAUGGACCCAUUUUUGGGGGUCUCAGUGAAAGGAAAAUGAUUUUAAUCCAAGGCUGUGUCUUGUUCCCUGCAAAAAGAUUCACUGUGAACUUGGUGUGUAUGAAUGGCGACAUAGCCUUCCACUUCAACCCCCGAUUUGAUGAAGGCAACGUCAUUGUCUGCAACACAAAAGAAGGUGGGUGCUGGGGACCCGAGGAACGAACCUCCAAAAUGCUCUUCCAGCCAGGUGUCUCUUUUGAAGUGAUCAUCAACAUCAGGAACCAUGGUUACCAGGUUUCCAUCAACGGCAACCACUUCCUUGAUUACCGACACCGCCUUUCCAUGCAUCUGGUCCAGACUUUGCAGAUCAGCGGGGACAUCUCCUUGAGCUGUGUCAGCUUCUCAGGAGGGCUCGCUCCACCCCCUUAUGCACCUCCACCUUACAAUGCCACCCCACCCAUGAAUAACUACGGUGGAAUGAUGGUGUGCAGUCCGGCCACGCCCUUCUACGCUGCUCUUUCAGGACGCUUCAUUCCCUCCUGCAAGAUCACAGUUGCGGGCAGCAUGCCCUUCUGUGCAGACAAAUUCCACGUGAACCUGAAAAACACCCUGACGGGCAACAUCGCCCUGCACAUCAACCCCCGGCUAAAAGAGGGAGCGCUCGUCCGGAACUCGUUCAUCAAUGGUGCUUGGGGAACCGAAGAGAGACGUGUUGCCUUUCUGCCUUUCUCCUCUGGCCAGGCCUUCCAUAUGGAGAUCACCUAUCUGAAGAAUUGCUACCAGGUGACGGUGAAUGGGCGGCUGAGAUUUAAAUACUUCCAUCGACUCCCUCCCUGUCAAGUGGACCAAUUGGAAAUAGCCGGAGAUGUGAAUCUUUCCUGCGUGCAAUACUGAUGGUCAGCUAUGAAUUGUUGCAUCCCGUUUCUGCCCCUGCCUUUUGCGGAGGGAUACAAGAGUACGUGGGCUGUUGCUCCCAUGCCCCCCUCCAGACCGAUGUGCCUGUCAUGCACGCUUUGACCUGCAAAAUAAAAUUGGUGCAUCAGUAUCAGCUUCCCCACAAGAAACCUGGAAUUUGGAUCCUCAAAGAGAGCUGCUGAUCGCUUGCAGAAAAAUGACAUUAAGACUUGCAGGAUAAACCGGAUGUUUGUUUACAAUGCUGUGGAAAUCAUGAUUAGCCAAUAGGUUUAAACCCAAUUUAAAGUUGGUGGCUAAGGCACAAAUGUACAAGCAAUGCAUAAAGGUGGUGAAUGGGAAAUUUUACUGAAUAGUCGGUAAUUU